AUGAACUUACUCUCGUGGAUAUUGCUCAUAAACUUUUCCAUUUGCUGGACGUCGGUUGACGCACAGAUGGGGUUCGAUGGUCCUCUCUCUGCACAGGAGCAGAUGUACAUCCUUUAUGAAAUCAAACUGCAGUGCUACCAGAACCUCUCCAACAUUGACCCAGGGUCCACAGAUGAAGUGUGCCCUCCAGACUGGGAUGGUCUUAUCUGUUGGCCCCGUGGCUCCCCAGGGCUGGUUACCAAGGUUCCCUGCCCAUCUUACAUCUAUGACUUCAAUCACAAAGGACAUGCUUACAGGAAGUGUGAUGUCAACGGUUCUUGGGUGUUUGUGGACCAUUGGAACAAAACAUGGACCAACUACUCAGAGUGUCUACGCUUCCUUCAGCCCAGUGAUGAGGAAGACAGACAAGACUUCUUUGAGCGGCUGUAUGUCAUGUACACCAUUGGCUACGCUGUGUCCUUCAGCUCUCUGCUAGUGGCCAUCUUCAUUAUUGGAUACUUCAGGCGUCUUCACUGCACCAGAAACUACAUCCACAUGCACCUGUUUGUUUCCUUCAUGUUACGAGCGGUCAGCAUCUUUGUGAAGGACAAAGUCGUCCACUCCAGUGCUGGAUUGCAGGACUUUGACUCUGCCCUGUUGGACAACUUAAAAACAGUUAGCAUAGCAUCACUGGACAAGUCUCAGUAUAUUGGCUGCAAGGUGACAGUGCUGCUCUUCAUCUAUUUUCUGGCCACCAACUACUACUGGAUCCUGGUAGAAGGCCUCUACCUUCACAGCCUCAUCUUCAUGGCCUUCCGAUCAGACUCUAAAUACCUCUGGGGCUUCAUACUCAUCGGAUGGGGUGUUCCAGCUGUUUUCGUGGCAGUUUGGGCGAUUGUGAGGGCAAUGCUAGCAGAUGCAAGAUGUUGGGAGUUGAGUGCUGGUAACAUUAAGUGGAUCUACCAAGUUCCCAUCCUGACAGCCAUUGGGCUCAACUUUGUCUUGUUUGUGAACAUUGUGCGAGUGCUGGCCACCAAAAUUCGAGAGACAAAUGCAGGGAGAUACGACACCAGAAAACAGUACAGGAAACUGGCAAAGUCCACCCUUGUGCUAGUGCUUGUGUUUGGCAUCCACUACAUCAUCUUUGUGGGGAUGCCUCAUACAUUUGAGGGGCUGAGCUGGGAGGUCCGCAUGUACUGUGAGCUGUUCUUCAACUCGUUUCAGGGUUUCUUUGUGUCCAUUAUCUAUUGCUUCUGCAAUGGAGAGGUCCAGACAGAGAUAAAGAAAACAUGGACUCGAUGGAACCUGGCCUUUGAGUGGGAGGGUCCGGUGGUCUGCGGCCGCUACCGUUACGGCUCUGUGGUUGUGGGGAUCAACAACAACAGCACCAGCAGUCAGUCCCACCUAGCUGGGGCUGGGCCUUCCACACGCUCCACCACACUUGUUUCAAGCCGUGCUUACCGGAGCACUGGCCCCCCUGCGAUCAGCAUGCACGCCACUCUCCCAGGUUACGUGAUCAGUAACUCAGACCCAUCCAUACCUGAAGAACCUGAGGACAGUGGCCCCAAGCAGGUGGACGAUAUCUCGCUGAAGGAAAAUCUGCCUGUUUUAAAUAUGAAUGCAACAGCUGAGGAUGAGGAGGAGACGCUGUAG